AUGAACGCGAUUCUCGUAGCCCCCACAUCAGAAACAAGCAACGCCGAAGAACCAGACGUUGUUCCAGUAUUUGACAUUUACACCUGGUUUCCGUAUGACCCUCCAGGUCACUGCAGUGACGUCAGAGAUACUGUUCUACUGGAUCGGUGGGUGUCAGGCGACAAAGGACCCGGCAGAUUCCUUUACAACGCGUCACUAUUUCCAUCGAAAAUUCCUCGCAACUUUCAUGGCUGCGAAAUUAGAGUUUCGACGUUUGAAUACAUGCCUUUUGUUGGUAGAAAAAAGACAACUAAAAGUGAUCCUAACAAAGUAAAUUUUGAUGAAGGAUUAGAAAUACGACUUCUGAAACUUGUCAGUGAGAAGAAAAAUAUUUCUUUAAAACUCCUUGAUCUUCCAGCGGACGGGGGGAGGUGGGGGUUAAAAUUAGGAAACGGGACUUGGACCGGGGUGACCGGAGAAGUUAUCAGAAGUUUCUCCGACAUUGGUUCGGGCAACUGGUGGAACAGAUGUCAUCUGAUAGAAGAAGUCGAGUGUCCAAUACAGUACACAGUCGAUCAAGUAAGAUGGUACGUUCCUUGUGCAAAACCCUACCCUCGAUGGAUGAGCAUCGCUAGAGUUUUCAAACUGUCUCUCUGGCUUGGGUUCCUAUCAUCCUACGUCGUGGUUGGUAUUUCCAUGUGGUUUAUCGUUAAAAUCAGCAACAGCAUCUCUACAGUACCAAUAGAGAAUCAAGCAUACACCAGCUUAGUGAAAUGUCUUCUAAAUUUUUGGGCAAUCAUCCUGGAAGAAUCCGCUUCCAACAACCCUCCUCACGUAGCUGUCAUCAGACUCGUAUUCUUCAUGUGGGUUUUAUACUGCUGGGCUGUGAACACAGUCUACCAGACUUACAUGACCUCCUUCUUGAUUGAUCCGGGUCUUCAACACCAGAUAUCUUCAGAGAACGAGCUCCUUGAAUCGGGAAUUGGUUUGGGGAUACCAGAAACAGUUUUGUCAGUCAUUCCUGGCGUAACAGACGGACGUUAUCGGCGACAUGACAGCUGUUACGAUGUAACCGUGUGUCAAGACAGGAUGGCUUUUGUGGGUGACAUGGCAUUUUUCUUCUCCAAGUACAAUAUGGAAUACUUUAUUGCUGCUAAAUAUGUGGAUGGUGACAGUAAUGAUCUGGUCUGUAAAUUUGACGAAAUAUAUUGCAUACAGCUUGCGAUAUUACCGGUUCCAAAAGGUUCCCAGUUCUUAGAGAUAUUCAACGAAAUCAUCAUUUACUUGCAGCAAAGUGGGAUCAGAGAGUAUUGGUGGAAAGAUAUCCAGUACAUUGCUACACUGGAUUUAGCCUCUGAAAUCAGCCUGCCCCCUGGAGAAUAUAUCAAGCUCACGUUAGAGCACCUGCAAUCAGCCUUUUAUUUCCUAUUUUUGGGAAUCAUCUUCUCCAUAGUUGCUUUUCUCUCAGAAAUAUUUUGUCGCCCCAAGUGA